CUCAAUUCAAAAGAAGCCUCCUGCACCCUGAUCAUGACAUGGGUCUGAAUUACUGACUUGUAACACCACCAGUGAAUUUCCUGGGGACUCCCUGCUUCCCCUGGCUUAAAGUAGUGCUUCAUGUACAACCCUCUUCUAAAACUGUACUGAGAAAGGGCAAAGAAUUGGAGUGCAGUCAUGAAGCAGUAGCUGUGCUAUUUUCUUGGCCAGCAAUUCCAUAAACACUCCGAGCAGGUGGCAGAGGCAGAGGCGGAGCGAUAGAGAAGUACACAAAGUCACAUGCUCCUUUCAGAUGCUGCAGGCAUUCUGUUGAAUUCUCCUGGCGGCUUUCCUCAGCCUGGUGUGCCCUCCAGUGUUUUGAAUUCACUCCCAUCAGUCCCCGUCAGCGUGACCAACAGUCAAGAAUAAAAGAAGUUGUAGUCUGAAGCGUUUGGAGGAUAACAGGUUGGAGAAGGGCGACUAAGAAGGUGUUUUCCAGGAUGUUGUUUCCUUUGCUGCUGUUCCUGGGGAACGGAUGGAUGAUUGUUUCUGCCACCCCAAAUGUGUCUGCCAUCCCUGUGAAGUUGUGGGCCUGUCUGCCAAAAGGAGGAGUAGCUGAAGCAAAGUUGCUUUGUCGCAUGCAUGGAUUGUACGCCAAUGGAUCCAACCCUGGAGUGUUCCAGAGCUUCUACAUGUUCCAUGCUGUCUCAGACUCAGUCAGCUGCCACUGGAGAGACAUAGCCAAUUGCACCCUCAAGACCAGUGGAGAAGUUGGACAUUUUUGUUACAGCAUGCAGACGGCCAGUUCAAGUGUUCGCAUUCCUGUUUCUUGCCGACCUUUGCCUACACACCUGGAUUCUCGUUCAGCCGGAAGCAGCAGCAUCCAGGAUGGUUCAUGUGAUGUUGCCCUCAUUUCUGCUGCUUUAUGGAAACCUGGUGCACCGCUGCAUCUGCGAACUGUUGUUGGAACCCAGAACACUAGGUUUCCUGGAGAUCAGUUCCAGCUGUCCUUGAUUUCGCCCUCUGGAAAUAACAUCACCCGCCUGAUUGUUAAUUGGGAAUCGCAGGAGUGGGAAUUAAAGGGAAUGGACUUAAUUCAACAGGGGCCACCAGACUGGGUGGUGCCGAUCAGGGGGACACACUGUGACCAACAAAUGUCCUCUAUUAGGUUUAAAUUCUACGGUUAUGUUGCCAUCACGGAGGAAAUAAGUGAGCAAGGUUCAUACCGGGUAGAAUUUGGCUCCCAAAACAAAACAAUUCUUACAUUUAAUCCCCUGAUCACAGACAUCCUCCCACUUCGCCGUUUGACCAACCCCAUCGUUGGGUCUCAUGUGUUGAAAUUAGAUCAGCCUGAACAAAUUGUCAUGCACCCCCAGACCUCACUAAAGGAGGUGCAGAUUUAUUUUGAGGGUUUGAAUGUGUCACAGAGAGCACCUCAAUGUGCUCCCUUUCUCAGAGUCAGCCACAGAGGUUGGAUGGAGUGGGUUAAAAUGUGGGAUGGAGUACAUCAUGGAGAAAGGGUUAAAAGAGAACUGAUGGAUUGGCUUGGGCCUCUAGGAGCAGGUCUUUCUUUCAUAGAUGCAGCCAACAUAGAAGUCUUGGCUAAUAAACUUUCAUAUUCCACAAAACAAAUAGGGAAACUGACUGCCCCAUUAACCAAAUCUCUCUUGCAGCUCACAGAACAACCACAAGCUAUCAGUAAAGUGCUUCCAGUCUGGGAAACAAUAUUAGAAGAGGACAGCAUGUUGAUAGUGUCUGGAAUCCAGUCCCUCCAAAGCAAUGUUUCAUUGGCUUUAGCAUGUGAACAGGCACAAGCAGUCACACAGAAUGUAGUCAUGGGAAUGAUUCGAGAGGCCAAGGCAGGAAACAUUCCCAUGGAGGUGAGCAAUUUAAUUCGGCCAGAGCUCACUUCAGGAGAAAUAGCCUUGGAGGCUUGGUGGAGGUUGCUAAAUGCAUCUUAUGAUUCUGCCCAGAACAUGCUACGGUUAUUUUUAAUAACCGUAGAAGCCACCCAGAUCAUCCCAAUCUACCCAGUGGUCCCCUUGGGAUUCCAGAUUGACAAUGAUUUGGUCAUGUAUUCCAGGGACUCCAAUAGGUGGGCACGGAUGAGGGAUGGUGACUGGCAAACAGUUAAUGUGCAAGGUUGUGUGAAAAGGGAAAACCUGGGCUUUGUAUGUGAUGACAGCAGUUUAGAAGAACACCACGAAUGCUUCUCUCCUCAGCUUGUAAAUAGUUCCCACUGCUCUUUUGAUGUAAUCCAAGAAGAAAGUUCUACUGUUGUGUAUACUGGGAAGGGAUGUAUUUGUGUAAGAACUCCAUGUGAGUUUGUAAUCAUUAAUGGUCUGGUUAUCCAGCCUAUGCUGCCUUAUAUUAACCGUUGUUUUUGCAAUAUUAGUGUGCUUGUAGGCUGUGAUUUCCAAUUUCGGGUACCUGUUUGGACUGUGCAGCACAUGAAGGCCUACCCCUCUUUGUACCGAGAAAUCUCGCCUAUUUCUCUAGGCCUUGGCCUUUCUACUCUGAAAAACCUGCUUUCUCACCCCUCCCUGAAGCAGGAAUUGUUGAAAAUCAAAGACAUGGGUGAAAAUGCUGCACUUGAGAUUCAGCAUAGCAAUAGGGAGAUUGCCCAGAUUGUAGCCACAGUUAAAUCUGCUGGAGACCAUGCCUGGUGGGAGGUGCUUCUUGGAUGGUCUCCUAGUUCAAAUGGAGUACUAAAUAUUGCUCUCCACCCUAUUGUGGUGAUUUUAUUAUUUCAAGUGGCUCUAGUGAUCAGUUUGUUGCUGCUGGUCGGCUGGAUGAGGCGGCAAACACAAAGACUUUAUGAUUUAGAGAACCAGAUACAGGCCGCCAGAGGAAGGUUGUGAUGGGAUUACUUGCCAGAGCAAACACUCCUUUAAUGGAAGGACAUGGCCAGAUACCACAAUUGUGAUUUUAAGCUUCCAUUUUGUCUGUUUAUAGUUGCUAAACUGACAUGGUCCAGCAGCUAAGGACAAGAUGCUUGACCUCCAGAACUGUCACAUUCUGUUGAAUGGCUGUGAAGAGACAGGAGCACAUCUGUGUGUUGUGUGUGGUUGUCAGUAAGGAAAGCCCAGUGCAUGAGAUCCUGUAUAAAUGGAAGGGCUGUGCUCAGUGUUAAAAACUGAGAUAUGAAAGCUAGCAGCUAAA